AUGUGUGAGUUUUGGUUGAGGUUUAUUGCUUUUCUUGGCCAUAUUGUCUCCGGUGAAGGUAUUCAUGUUGAUCCUAAGAGGACUGAGGUGAUUAAGAAUGGGCCUAGACCUUUGUCCGCUUUAGACAUACGAUGUUUCUUGGGUUUGGCCGUUUAUUAUACAAGGUUUGUGGAAGGAUAUUCCUUUAUUGCUUUGCCUUUGACGACAUUGACUCAAAAGAAGGUGAAAUUCCUAUGGUCGGAAGUUUGUGAGAAAAGUUUCCAAGAGUUGAAGGAUAGAGUCACUUCAACCCCAAUAUUGACAUUACCGAAAUGUUUAGAUGGUUUUGUGGUUUAUUGGGAUGCUUCACGGAUUGGUCUUGGUUGUGUUUUAUGCUUAUGCUUAAAGGAAAUUAAAGGUGCAUGA